AUGCCUCCUUCAGAUCCCGCCACCAAUCUUAGCGCCCUGUUGCGCGCGGCUUCUAUAGAGGACCAUGAAGAGGUUUUGAAGGCAGCCAAUGCCUCGCUCAAAGCCUCGAAAUACGACAUUACGGCCCAACGCACUCGAGUCGUUGCCCUUCUCAAGCUGGACCGCUUCGAUGAUGCUCUCCGCGCCAUAGCCGAUGCUGGUGAUAAGUUGGAAGAUGUCUGUCUUCUGGAGAAGGCCUACGCGCUAUACAAGACGGGAAAGCUUGAGGAAGCUCGAGAGGUCGCCAACUCGAAACCUCAGCGCAGCUUCCGCCACAUUGCUGCACAAGUCGCCUAUAGAGCUGAAGACUUUGAGGACGCACUCGAAGUGUACAAGGGGUUGUUGGAAGACCCUGAAGGCGAGGAGGGCGACCUCAACAUCAAUUUACUAGCUUCUGCCGCUCAGCUGGAGUGGAAGUGUAUCGAUUUUAACGGCAACAAGUCGCAUACUCUGACUGAUGCGGAUGCGGACACCUUCGAACUUGCGUACAAUGUUGCAUGCGGCUGCAUUGCCCGAGGCGAGCUCUCCAAAGCAUCCCAUCUUCUCCAGCGCUCUCUUCGCCUCUGUGAUGAGUCCGAAGAUCUUACCGAGGACGAUAAACAGGCUGAGAUGAUUCCCAUCAUGGUCCAGCAGGUCUACGUCUACGCUAAGUUAGGCAAGGCUGAUGAAGCCCUCGAAGUCCAAAGGCGUCUGUCCGUGUCUGACAAUUGGGAUGCGGAGUCUAAGCUGACAGCUUUGAACAACACCUUGGCUCUUGCGACUGAAGCCAAGAACCCUUACCUGGCCCAGCGUGAAAUUGAAUCAGCAUUAGCCCUAAGCAAACAGGCCAAGUUGUUCAAGUACCAGGAGAGCCAGUUGAAGCGAAAUCAAUACAUUCUCAGCCUUCAGGCACAGAAGUUUGCCGGCGUCUACCGAAGUACAUCUCGAGCGCUGGCCGAAGCCCCGCCCACUGUAUCUGUCGAUACAAACGGCCUGUCUGCCAUUAAUGCCACAGCUCGCGCGCUGCGUACUUCCAAGACCGUAGAUGUCAAAGCAGUCAUUCCUCUCCUCGAGAAGCGUCCCGCCGAUGUGGGAUUGCUUCUGGCAAUUAUUCAGCUGUAUCUUGCUGCUGAUAACCCUGGGGCUGCGUUGUCUGUACUCGAGCUUUUCUUGCAGAACCUGGAGAAGCAGGAUGAAUCAGGCGUUCGUUUCUCGCCGGGUCUGGUCGCGUUGACUGUCUCCCUCUACAGACAACAAGGACGGCACGGCAGUAUACGGUCGGAACUAGCAAGAGCCUCGUCAUUCUGGGAGAAGCGGGAUGGACGCCACGUCGAUUCUCUCCUCCGCGGCGCUGGAUCCGAGUUGCUCAAAUCGUCUAACCCUGCUGACCUCGCCGCCGCUGGCGCAGCCUUUGAGAAGCUCUGUCAGAAGCCCAAUGCGGAUCAAUUUGCUGCAACAGGCCUCGUAGCAUCCUUUGCCACCGCAGACCGAACCAAGGUCAAGCCGUACCUGAAAGACCUCCCUUCUAUUGACAGCCUCAUCGGGGGUAUCAACCUUGACCAGCUUGUUGGGGAAGGUGUUGCUACUUUCGCGACGCCUGCAAGCCAAACCAAAAAGCGAGGGCUGGAGACGCAACCGACUGAGUCGACAAACAAAAAGAAACGGAGGAGAAAAUUGCCCAAGAACUACGAAGAAGGAAAAAAGAUGGAUCCUGAGCGAUGGCUGCCGCUCCGUGACCGCUCUUCCUACCGGCCCAAAGGUAAAAAGGGCAAGAAGAAGGCGAACGAGUCCACGCAGGGCGGCUUUGUCAAGGACGAGGAAACGCUUGAGCUCGCGGGCGGCGCAGGAUCUGUCAAGGUCGAAAAGGCGCCAGCUUCUUCGUCCAACAAGAAGAAGAAGAAGGGCAAGAAAUGA